GGAAUAAAAGCCACAGGCAUCGGUUAGGAUUCAGCCUGGAUAUACACUGACAACAAAACUAGAAAUAGAUCUCUUUUUUUUUUAAAUAAUGAUGUUUUCUUGCAGCCCCCUCCGUUUUGGUGUGUGCGUAAUAAUGUCAAGAUUCGUUGUAUUUAAAAAAAAAAAAAUAGCCUAAAAUCCAAAACACGCGUUUCCAAACGGUGAACAGGCAAAAAAAAAAAAAAAAAUUACUGGACAUUUUUUUUUUAUUUUACAAUAUGCACCAGAUGGCGUGUGACCUAAAUAGUCCGCGGUUUGUAACCAGAUGAUGAAAACAGGAGGAAGCUAUUUUCUUAAAAUGGCAGAGAUGGAUCUGAAAACAGCCACAUCGACGAUGGAAGCAUUGGUUCGGAUCAGUUCCAACAUGAAGAGCCUGGAGCGUGAGCUGCACUGUUCUGUGUGUAAGGACAUCGUCAAACAGCCUGUGGUCCUGCCAUGCCAGCACAGCGUUUGCCUCAUGUGUGCCUCCGAGGUCUUAGUGGCCAACGGCUACCCUCCUCCAGACCUCCCCCCUGAACCAAACUCCCCGGCCUCCACCCCCAACAUGCGCUCACCCCGUCAGGCCCGCAGGCCUACACCCAAACAUGAGCAGAGACCUAUCGACCGCGUGCUGCGGGCAGGUCCCCACCCACCUUCCCCAUCCAUGCCCCGGUCUCCUGGAUAUGGGUCGUAUCCAGGACGACGCCGCAAGGAGGGCCCACCCCUGGUGAUGCUGUUCCCCUGUGUCCCCUGCGGCAGAGAUGUGGAGCUGGGAGAGAAGGGCCUCACAGACUGUCUGCGCAACCUCACCUUAGAGCGGAUAGUAGAGAGGUACAGACACACAGUGAGUCUGGGAAGUGUGGCGGUCAUGUGUCAGUUCUGUAAGCCUCCUCAGGCUCUGGAGGCCACUAAAGGCUGCGCCGACUGCAGGUCCAAUUUCUGCAACGAGUGUUUCAAGCUGUAUCAUCCAUGGGGGACGCCACGGGCACAACAUGAACACAUCCUGCCCACACUCAACUUCAGACCAAAGGUUCUGACUUGUCCAGAGCACGACCAAGAGAAACUACAGUUCUACUGUCGCUCGUGUCAGCGGCUGCUCUGCCCGCUCUGCAAACUGCGCCGUGUCCACACGGGACACAAAGUCCUCCCUGUGGCCCAGGCAUACCAGGCCCUGAAGGAGAAGAUUACUAAAGAGAUGAACUACAUUCUGUCCAACCAGGACACAGUUCUGGGUCAGAUUACCCAGCUGGAGAGUUCCAUCACACAGACUGAGGUAAACAGUGUAUCAGCCAGAGAGCAGCUGGCUCAGAGCAUCAGGGAUCUGACGGCUGCGUUGGCCGAGCGCCACGCUUCGCUUACCCAGGCUCUGGAGGCAGCACGGCAGAAACGAGGCGAGGCGUUAGCUGCUCAAGUGGCAGAACGGCGGGGCCUGAUGGAACACGCGGGGCUCAUGGCGUUUACCCAGGAGCUUCUGAAGGAAACAGACCAGCCCUGUUUUGUACAGGCUGCUCGACAGACUCAUAACAGGUUGAGCAAGGGGAUUGAGAAUCUGCAGCAUUUCACUCUGGCUGCUGAUCCAUCCUUCAGACACUUCCAGCUGGACGUCUCCAAAGAACUCAAACUCCUGACAGAUUUGAACUUCAUCCAGGCUCCCCAGGCUCCAGUGAUCGAUACCCAGCGUACCCUGGCCUACGACCAGCUCUUCCUGUGCUGGCGACUGCCCCCAGAGUCCGCCCCUGCCUGGCACUUCUCUGUCGAGUACCGCCGUCGCGGUGUGGUACCAGGAGGUGCGUCUAGAGGCGGCAUUAGAGGAGGAUUGUCGGCAGCCCGCUGGGGCUGGCAGCGCAUGGAUGAAGUGACUGGGAGCAGCGCUGUGAUUGACAGGCUGGAGAUGGACAGCGUGUAUGUGCUGCGGGUGAGAGGCUGCAACAAGGCGGGCUACGGGGAGUAUAGUGAGGAGGUGUACCUGCACACCCCACCUGCACCAGUGUUAAACUUCUACUUGGACUCUCGCUGGGGUCUCCACGCAGACCGGCUGGUGGUCAGUAAAGAGCAGCGCUGUGCUCGUAGCGUGCCCGGUCUCUCUUUGCUGCAGGCCGCCGACCACGCCCUCACUUCCUGUCACCUGACCUCAGACCUCCUUGUAGGGGAUGUGGCUAUUACACAAGGAAGGCACUACUGGGCAUGCUCGGUGGAGCCAGGCUCUUACCUUGUGAAGGUUGGAGUUGGUUUGGAAUCUAAACUGCAGGAGUGGUUUCACCUACCACAAGACAUGGCGAGUCCACGCUAUGAUCCAGACAGCGGCCAUGACAGUGGAGCAGAAGAUGCUCUGGACUCUGCUCCACCUUUCUGCUUCCUCACUAUGGGGAUGGGGAAGAUCUACCUGCCCCAGCACAGCUACCACCACAACAACAAUAACCACGGCAACGGUGUCAGAGACCCCAUCAGCAACGGCCCCUCCUCGCCUACAGGCGUCACCUACCCGCUGCCGCCCAGGCUAGGCGUGUGCCUUGACUUUGAGAAGGGUCGGGUCACUUUUUACGACGCCCACUCUCUGCGACCUUUGUGGGAAGGUCACGUGGAUUGCUCCGGCCCCGUGUGUCCCGCUUUCUGUUUUAUCGGUGGAGGGGCGCUACAGCUACAGGAGCUGGUAGCCAAUCGCAACGCAGAUCAGACCCCGGUAAGGAGGGUAACCAUCCAACCACGGGCCUCUAAUUUGAAUAACAACUGAUCGGAGUUCAUAUGGUAAUUUGGAAUGUAAUUGGUAAUUGUGAUGUAUUUACUCAGCUAGAGCGAAAGUUAGAUAUCUCAGCGAUUUUCUUUGUACAAGAAAAUGUUUCUAUAGCAACAAAUAUGCAAUGUAAUUAAGUUUUUUUAUAUUUUUGUUAUAUGCAGUUUGGCCAGAAUCUAUUGCUUUGUGCCUGGUAUAUCCAGCACUUUAUAUGUAAUUAUAUCUUUGACGCUUGCACUUGUAGCCAGGCUAAAUCGCUUACAUUUAUAAAGCUAAUGUAGAUUCAGCACCAGACAAUGUUGUCUUUCAUGUAGAAGCUUUCUGUCGUUUCAUGUCCUUAAUGUUAAAGCUUUACAUCUCUUAAGUUUUAAAAAAUAUGAACAUUAUGUGAGAAAAAAAAAAAAGAAGAGGCCUCCACUAUUUAAAUCUUUCUAUAUGAGAACACAGAUUCCUUUGCUGUUGGUGAACACUUUUCUGUGAUUAACGCGUUACGAUCUCGACCAAAGUUAUUGUUUUUCUGGGAUGUAAAUGCGGUAAAUUAGAGGUAGAGAGGAACAUUGAGGCAAUACUGUAAUUACAGGCUCCAAUUAUACCUCUGCUGCACAGCUAAUCACUAGUUUCAGCAGCUCUGUUUGUGCUACUUUGUAUUUCAAAUACAAGAGCCUGCUGGCUGUGUGUGUGGGUUUGAGUGUGUGUGUGUGUUUACUUUCCUCCGUGCAUGAGUACGUGUGUGGUUUGACUGAUAACAGCAUUGACUCGUUGGCUGUCAGUAAAAGGUUGUUUCCUCUCGCAAACAGUAGUUUUUUUUGUUUUUUUUAACCUCGCUUGAUUGUAAGUUAAUGAGCAACGCUUGUAAUGAAACGAUUAACAGAGUAGAUUCAUGUAAACUUCACCUGCUGGCAGAAUGUUUGCAAAAGAAAACUGGAUUUAGGAAAUGAGCUGAAUAAAUGCAAAUUGUUUAAAUUACAAUAAACACCUUCUGUUUCAUUUUG